GUAGGCUAAAUUUUAGUGAUUUACUACCUAAUUAGUUUUAUUUUAGUCUAUAAGAUUCAACAUUAUUUUGUAAUUAAAAUGUGGUCUAUGUUAACAAUCACGCUGGUAACUUAUGUAGUGACCAUGACACAAUUAAAUGAUGUUAACUGCAUCACGGAAGCGGGUCAACAUAUACUGGACAGAAUAAAUCAAGCUAGGCUAGAUAAGAACUACACUUUAAAUCGCUAUUUCAACUUUGACCCGGUUAAAAGCGCCCAAAAUAUCACCACGCUCAUAAAUGAGUUUAUCGCGGCUACCGAUCACUUUGAAACAAAUAAAUGCCUAUCUGUGGAGGAAAAGGACAUGGGUGUCAGUAAUUGCUACGACGUGGUUGUAGAUAAAAUGACGAUUGACCUUGUUUACAUUGAAAAACAUAAAACAUAUACCGCUUAUCUGCACGUAGACGAUCAAUUGAUCCACUGGGUGCUUAAAAGGGGUAAACAUAUAAUGGCCAGAAUUACUGAAGCUCGUAACGCAAAUAGAGCAUACACGCUAAAUCGCUAUUUCAACUUUGACCCGGUUAAAGGAGCUCCAAAUAUUACCAUACUCAUUAAUGAGUUUAUCGCGGCUACCGAUCAUUUUGAAACUAAUAAAUGCCUUUCGGUCGAUGAAAAGGACAUGGGUUACAACAACUGCUACGACUGUGGCUCCAGUGUGCAUCCAGAAAAAUCCGCCGAUAGUCGACACAAACGCCGCCCUAUUGUCCGCCUGUUUCACACGACUCUGUCCGUCAACACUCACCAUAUUAUCCGACGCUUUAGUAUUCAAGUUAUAAAUGAACACAUUUUUCGGGGACUUCUCGAUGGACACCAUACUGUCCUGACAGUGCUCUACCUUAAGGCAACCCUGGUCAUAGUUCUGGAAAAAGUUAUACAGCCCGGCCCCAUACACGUACACGUGCUCCGAGUUGAAAAUCCUGAGACCCCAUCCCAUGGGACAGGUAACCGACCCCUUCUCGCAGUGACUAAAGUCCGGGUCCGACCACUUGGGUAG